AUAUAUGUAACAUGACCAAUACUAGCUACUCCCGCGUGUCCGGCACAACCGGCUUUUGGUAACCCCACGAGACACAUACAAAAUCAACAGGCGCGCCAAGAUUGAAUAUAUUGCCCACUCUAAGGGAUCGCUCAUCAAAACCAGGUCAGCAGGUUGAUAAUUUGCUCCGAUGCUUCCAGUUUCACAUGAUUCAAUGUCGAGCAUGGCCGUGCCGGGCAUUAAUUUUUCCGGGCGGAUAUGACCAAUGAGAAUUCAUCCCGCAAGCAGCAUUCCACACCAACAUCAAAACCUAUUUCCAAUCCAACCCUACCAAAAGUGGGGUUGUCGGGAUGUCCACCAAAUUGACCAGAGUGCAAAAAGUGUGGACAUACUGAUCGCAUCUGAGCAUCUCACGCAACAGAUCCUGAUCUCUUUUCCAAAUGAUAGACGGUGUAGGUUGCGCAUCUGCCAAAGAACGAAUUGGGCAUCAUAUAUGGACCUCCGCGCGAUGCUUGGAUAGGUUAGUGCAAGUAAGUUGGCUCAUAUUCCAGCCUCGUCAUGCGAUGUGGCAACUGACUUGAAAGCACACCUUUUUUGAGCAAGUGAACCGGGAGGGAGGCCUAAAGGUACUA